AUUUUUGAUAAUUUCUUAAUUUGUGCUCACACUAACUCCGUUCCUUUCACCUAAAAAUCACGCACAAGUUUUAGAAAUUAUAAUGAAUAUAUUAGAGCUCUCUCUCUCUCUCUCUCUCUCUCUCUCUCUGUAAUAAAAAUCCUACUAUUUCAUACAAGUAACAAGGGAAUUUUCCAGCUAAAAUAAAUUAAAAAAUAAAAAGCAAUCUACGAAAAAGUCACAAUCAUUUCUCCUACAUUUAUAAUAUAAUUAUUUAUCAAAUUAUCAAAUUCUGAGUCCCAUGUCGAUUUACUUUAUACAGUUUGAGAAAACGUUUAAUCAACUUGUAAUUCACCAUCGCAACUUGGUAUUCAAUCCUCGUGCAACCAUGGCGAUAUCUUAUGUUUACUGCGGGUCUCAGGGCGGAAAACAGAGUGACAUUUUUUGUACCGCGCUGCUUCUACGCUACUUCGAUAAUUUUUCUAACAAUAAGUAUCAUAACGUUACGAUAGCGAAGCGAGCAGACAUGGACGUCAGAAUAUUUACACUCGUUGGCGAAGUAAAUUGACGUGGGUAUCCCCGCGUCAGAUGAACGAAUUCCCCAUGCAAUCCGCCUAAUCUUUCGACCGCGACUAGGAUGGCCCACGGGAGUUUCGACUAGUGGACAUAAAUAUCCGGACAAGAGUCGACUCACUGCCAUUCUAGUCGAAGAACUCGUGAACGUCGGAGAAACUUGCCAACAGUUGAACACCGCAACAGCAAUGAAGAAAAUAUUGCUGGCCACAACUUUACUGUUGGUAUGCGAAAAUAUUUUGAUGGAAAACAGCCCAUGUCGUCUUUUAGAGACGGCAUGGCUUUGUGACAACCAAGUAUGGAACAGACAAAUAAAGCGAAUACCACGGGCAGUUAUUCCUUCCGAAACAGAAGAAUCCUUAAAUUAUGACGACAACAAACAGUUUCCUCGAAUUUCGGACACACGAUUCAUUAGCGAAUCAAGAAAACUGCCCCCAAUGGCAAUCAUCAGACGGCAUGAUUUGGCACGAUUUGAUUUAUCUUCCGAUAAAUCAAAACUUGACAGCGCCAAACCAAGAGUUUUAAUCUCCAUCGGCAUACAAGAAGAGAAGAACGCCGGUUACGAUCUACAAGAAAAUUGCUCGACAAGAAAAAACUAUUGUAAACAAAACUGGCAAGUUCAACAACCAUUCUACGUAGAGGAACCAAGGUGGGUUGACAUCGAUGUUGAUUAUAUAGAUUCUUCGAGUAUAGAUAAUAGUGAUCCUUACGUAUUAACACGAGGAAAGAAAAUUUAUAGAAUUAACAAUCUGGAACAAGCAAGGAAAACUAUAGAAGCGACUCUCGAUUAUCCAAAUAAAAAUAAAAAACUAUUGAUAAAAAGUCGAGUGAGAAGAUUUGCUGAGACGAACGAAGGAUCUCAGAAUAAAAUAGCCGAUGAAAAGAAUAAUCGGAUAAAAGAAAAAAAUCGUUAUGAUUCUUUUGAAGAUAUAGACAGAGAUGCAAAUACUGCGAUCAUCGAAAUAGAAAAUACAUUUGAGAAACCUCUCAAAAUUGAUAAAUCAUCAGAAGAUGAAAAGACGGAGAGUACAAAUUAUGUUUUUAAUAAAAAAUAUGAAAAAGCUGAUUUAAAGAAUUUAGCGAAAAGAUCAUCGCGUGAUUUCACAAAACAAAAUCAAAUUUCCAAAAAUAAUCGCGGUACAAUCAUGAAAUUUAUUAAGCAAAAAGAGAAGAUACAGGGCGAAGAUAUUCUUAAUGAUACUGGCAGUAAAAUUGAGAAAAUCAAUCAAAUAAAAAGAUUUAAUAAUAGGAAAAGUCAUUUUGCUAUUAACAAUAUAAAUAAGUUUAUAUUAUUGAAAAAUCAAGAACUUCCUAAAAUCCGUAAAAAACGAGAGAUCUAUGACACUAAUUUUAAGAAAAAUGUCGAAAAAAAUGAAACUGAAACAUACGAGCGAAUGAAGAAUAAAUAUUAUGUUGAAAAGCUGAAUGAUUUAGGUAUAUCCAAUAAUCGUUUUAUUUUAUUUCAAAAUAAAGAUUUGAUUAACGGCGGAACAGAAGGCUUGAAUAAAAUAGAUACAGAUCGUAAUAAAUUCAUCGAAAAAACAUGGAAACUUCAUUAUGCACAUCAUAAGAAAUUAGAAGAAAGUGAAAAACAAGCAAAAAAUAAGGAAAAUAAAUCUGAAAUUAAUAAUAAUAUUGGAAUAACAGAUUCACAAUUAAUAAACGAGUACAAUUCGAAAAAUUCCGAAAGAAAGAUUUCAAAUGAUCGAGAAAAGCGUAAUAUUUGCAAAGAUUGUCAGAUUACAUCGGAGUUCCAAGAAAACGAAAGAUUAAAGGAAAUUGAGAAGAAAAUUCAAAUGUCUUUAGAGCGAAGAGACAAACACAGCGAUAUUUUAGAACAUCUAAGCCAAAGUGAACCUUAUAUUAUUUCCCGAGGUAAAAAAACGUUGCAAAAUUUCGAGAUGAAGGAUCUUUUCUCGUCAAAUCCACGAAAUAUGAACGAUGAGAAUCGCGCUAAAAUGAUAAACCCGAUUGCGAAGAGUCUAAGAACGCUAUUGAUGGAGAUAUUUAGAUGUAACAAUGAUAACUUCAACAUUAAAAUGAAUGAAUUGUCAAACCAGCGACUAUUACCGAGAGAUCGACGCAGUACGCUCGAUGAAAUCUUGGCAGCGUAUGAUCCAUACUACGUGGCCAGAGGAAAACGAAUGAACCAAAAUCAGAAAAAUGUUUUAUUCAAAACAGAUACGAGGCAAUAAG